AUGUGGGUGCGGCUGUUUGAUUUUUUAGGCGCCUCAAAAAAGACCCUGGUGACGAUGCUGGGAUCUCUUAUUUGGGUGCGGCUGUUCGAUGAGCUGGCGAGGCGACGCCUCUUUGAAUGGGUGAAAAUGCAGAAGCUGAGUCGCAAGCUUGUGCACAUCACCACAGGCCUCCUCUUCAUGCUCUUCUGGCCCCUCUUCAGCACGGGCUUCAACGCGCGCUUCUUCGCGAGUGCAGUGCCGCUGAUCAACGCCACACGCCUGAUGCUGCUGGGGCUGGGGGUGACCCGCAACGAGGGCAUGGUCAAGGCCAUGAGCCGUGAGGGCAGCUCCAGUGAGCUCCUGGGCGGCCCCCUUUACUACAUUCUGACGCUGGCCUUUGUUACAAUCACAUUCUGGCGCUCGUCCCCUGUUGGGGGCAUGGCUCUGGCGCUCAUGUGCGGUGGAGAUGGCAUCGCUGACAUCGUGGGGCGGAGGGUAGGUUCUGCGAAGCUCCCUUGGAACGACCAGAAGAGCUGGGCAGGGAGCAUUGCCAUGCUGCUCUUUGGCUACGGCCUCGCCCUCGCCACCAUUCAUCUCUUCACAGCAGUGGGAUUCUACUCUUCUGAUUGGCUGCUGCUGCCGAACCUGCCUCUCCGAGUCUUCCUGGUCAGCCUCGGAGCUACAGUGGUGGAGUCGCUGCCAAUCAGCGACAAGCUAGACGACAACCUCACUGUACCGCUCUCCACCGUCCUGUUUGGGCUGCUACUUCUGCAACAAUGA